AUGAAUGGAGAGAAAUUCUUGUGGUAUCGGAUUUUCCUUUUACGUCUUUUGCUGGCGGUGCCUCUCGUCCCUUCCUUGUCUGCCAUGCUCAGAGAUGACACUGUUAGUCUUGCCAAGCUAAUUUGCUGGAAAGGUCAAGUCCAACUUGAUUGGUUCAAAGACCAUCUAAAAUCCAUCUGUUACACACAAACAGAGUGUGCCCACAAGCUUGAAAGGGCCUUAUUUCUAGUGGGAGAGGUUGGAGGGAAUGACUAUAACUAUGCAUUCUUUCAAGGAAAAACCAUAGGAGAGAUUCAGAGUUAUGUGCCUCACAUUGUCCAAAAAAUCAAGGAUGCUGCUAGAAAAGUGAUAGAUCAUGGCGCGCAGACAGUGAUUGUUCCAGGGAAUUUCCCAAUAGGAUGCAUGCCAAUUUAUCUSACAGCUUUUAGAAGCGAUGACCCAGCGGCUUAUGAUGAACUCAAGUGCCUGAAAGGUUUGAAUAACUUCGCAAUGUUUUACAAUGAUAACCUCCAAAGAGCCUUGAAACAGCUGAGGAAGGAGUACCCUGAUGUCACUAUUGUAUAUGCUGACUACUUCACAGCCCUUCACUAUUGUAUAUGCUGA